AUGAGUGAUGAGAGGCGGCUGCCUGGCAGUGCGGUGGGCUGGCUGGCGUGCGGAGGCCUCUCACUACUGGCCAAUGCCUGGGGCAUCCUCAGCGUGGGGGCCAAGCAGAAGAAGUGGAAGCCCCUAGAGUUCCUGCUGUGCAUGCUGGCGGCCACCCACAUGCUCAACGUGGCCGUGCCCAUCGCCACCUACGCUGUGGUGCAGUUGCGGCGCCAGCGCCCCGACUACGAGUGGAACGAGGGCCUCUGCAAGGUCUUCGUGUCCACCUUCUAUACCCUCACCCUGGCCACCUGCUUCUCCGUCACCUCCCUCUCCUACCACCGCAUGUGGAUGGUCCGCUGGCCUGUCAACUACAGGCUGAGCAACGCCAAGAAGCAGGCGGUUCACACGGUCAUGGGCAUCUGGAUGGUGUCCUUCAUCCUGUCGGCCCUGCCUGCCGUUGGCUGGCAUGACACGAGUGAGCGCUUCUACACCCACGGCUGCCGCUUCAUCGUGGCUGAGAUCGGCCUGGGCUUUGGCGUCUGCUUCCUGCUGCUGGUGGGCGGCAGUGUGGUCAUGGGUGCCGUCUGCACGGCCAUUGCCCUCUUCCAGACACUGGUGGUGCAGGUGGGGCGCCGGGCAGACCGCCGCGCCUUCACCGUGCCCACUAUCGUGGUGGAAGAUGCGCAGGGCAAGCGCCGCUCCUCCAUCGACGGCUCGGAGCCUGCCAGGACCUCGCUGCAGAUCACUGGCCUGGUGGCCACCAUCGUGGUCAUCUACGACUGCCUCAUGGGCUUCCCCGUGCUGGUGGUGAGCUUCAGCAGCCUACGGGCAGACGCCUCGGCGCCCUGGAUGGCACUGUGUGUGCUGUGGUGCUCGGUGACCCAGGCCCUGCUGCUGCCUGUCUUCCUCUGGGCCUGUGACCGCUACCGCGCUGAUCUCAAGGCUGUCUGGGAGAAGUGUAUGGCCCUCAUGGCCAAUGAUGAGGAUUCGGAUGAUGAUACCAGCCUGGAAGGUGGCGUCCCCCCAGACCUAGUGCUGGAGCGCUCCCUGGAUUACAGCUACGGGGGCGACUUUGUGGCCCUGGACAGGAUGGCCAAAUAUGAGCUCUCUGCCCUGGAGGAGGGGGGCCUGCCCCAGUUCUACCCUCUGCGGCCCUUGCAGGAGGACAAGAUGCAGUACCUGCAGGUCCCGCCUACGCGACGCUUCUCGCACGACGACGCAGACGUGUGGGCCGCCGUCCCGCUGCCGACGUUCCUGCCGCGCUGGGGCUCUGGCGAGGACCUGGCCGCCCUGGUGAUGCCAGGCGGGCCCGAUCGGCGCCGCGGCAGUCUGCUGGCCCUCUCAGAGGACGCGCCCCCCUUCCGCCCGCGACGUCGCUCGGCCGAGAGCCUGCUGUCGCUGCGCCCCCCGACCCUGGACGACGGCCCGCGCCGCGCCCCCGGCUCGCCCCCCAGCAGCCCUUGCCACCGCCCCGGGCCCGGCGUUCGCUGCGCCUCCGCCUCGCUGCUGCCCGACGCCUUCGCGCUGACCGCCUUCGAGCGGGAGCCGCAGUCCCUGCGCCGCCAGCCCGGCCCGCCAGGGCCCUUCCCCGCCUGCGCCCUUGCUCCCGACCGCGCCCAGCUCGGUGGGGACGUGGCUCCCCCUGGCGGCGGCGCGGAGAGGAGCCCCGGGCCCCUCCCGGCCGCACACGGGCAUCCCGGGACCCUGCGGACCGGCCUGAGCGCGUCGUGGGGCGAGCCCGGGGGUCUGCGAGCGGUGGGCGCGGGCAGCACCAGCAGCUUCUUAAGCUCGCCCUCGGAGUCGUCGGGCUACGUCACACUGCACUCGGACUCGCUGGGUUCCGCGUCCUAG